AUGUCUGCUUUUCAUUUCCUUUUCCUCUGCCUUCUGUUUCUCACCCCCAUAUCAAAUGCCUCCACUACGGCAACGGCUAGACAACCACGUCCAAAUGCGCUCGUAAUACCUGUGAAGAAAGAUGCCAAGACCCUGCAAUAUGUGGCCACGAUCAAAAUGAGAACCCCGCUUGCGCCUGUGAAUGUUUUCGUAGAUCUAUCAGGCCCAUUCUUAUGGGUCGACUGUGAGGAUGGUUACGUUUCAUCUUCUUAUCGCCCCACUCCAUGUGGCUCACCCAAAUGUGAAGUUGCAAAGAGCUCCGGGUGCAUCGUGGAGUGCCAUUCAGCCCCUAGACCAGGGUGCACAAACAACACUUGUGAUGUUGUCCUAGACAAUCCUUUCAUCAAGGAUUUCUUAUAUGGCGGAGGCCUCGCCGAAGACGUCAUUGCCCUCCAAUCCAGCGGCGGGAGGAAACCAGGUGGUGGUCUUGCCGUUGUACGCCAGUUUCCCUUCGCCUGUGCUGAUACACGCAACUUACAGGGACUCGCUGUUGGUGUUAAAGGAAUGCUAGGCCUCGCAAGGACCCCGGUUUCGUUACCCAGCCAGCUCGCUUCCAAAUCUGGUUUGCCUCACAUAUUUUCUCUCUGCUUGCCAUCCUCCACCACGUCUAAUGGGGUCAUGAUUUUUGGGAACAAGCACUACGUUUCGCUUCCAGAUAAAAUUGAUUACUCGAAGCUCCUCACCUAUACACCUCUCAUCAUCAACCCAGUGAGUACGGCCCCAUCUUUCAGAGUAGGCGAUUCGUCCUAUGAAUACUUCAUCCAAGUGAAAUCCAUCAAUGUCCAUGGAAAACGUCUACCCAUCAACCGGAAAUUGCUGUCCAUCAACAAAGAUGGAUUUGGGGGUACAAAGAUUAGCACACGUACACCUUAUACCAGUUUACAUACAUCGAUCUACGAGGCUCUUGCGGAGGCUUACUCCAAUGCAGCUGCGUCAAUGAAUAUCAGCAGAGUUGAACCUCCUUUAGGAGACUUUCCGGCUUGUUUUAGUUCGAAGAACAUUGAACACACAGCCACGGGACCACGGGUGCCGGCCGUCGAUUUGGUAUUUGAGGACAAUAACGUCUGGAGAAUUUCGGGGUCGGAUUUAAUGGUGCAAGCGGAGGAUGGAGUGAUGUGCUUAGCCUUCGGGGACGAAGGAGAAAACGCUCGAACGUCUAUCGUGAUAGGGGGACGUCAGUUGGAGGAGAAGCUUGUGGUGUUUGAUGUAGCUUCGUCGAAGCUAGGGUUUAGUAAUUCUCUGGUGGGCGGUGGAACAAAUUGCGCCAAUUUCAACUUGUAA